AUGAAUGGUGCAGGAUUAGAAAGAAAAGACUAUCUUACGUAUGGUGACUUUAAACUGAUGAUGAAGGAAUACAAAGGUGACUUUGUGGCCAUCGGGCUUGACUGCAAGGGUGCAAAGCAGAACUUUUUAGAUAUGUCAACAAACAUUGCACGUAUGACAAGCUUUCAUAUUGAGCAUCUUCCACAUGAAGAAGCCAAGUGCUGGGUACGAAAGCAGUGGUACGCUAUUGCUACAUUCCUUGAAGAAAAUCGCCAAAAUAUUUACUAUCUCUUCGUAUUCUACGUCACAACUAUUGCACUUUUUAUAGAGAGGUUUAUACAUUAUUCAUUUAUGGCGGAGCAUACGGAUCUACGCCACAUACUUGGUGUCUGGAUCUCAAUAACUCGUGGCUCGGCUGCAGCUCUUUCCUUUUGCUACAGCCUCCUGCUUCUUACAAUGUGCCGCAAUAGUUUAACAAAACUCAAGGAGUUCUCAAUACAGCAGUACAUACCUUUAGACUCACACAUACAGUUUCACAAGAUCGUUGCUUGCACAGCCUGCCUAUUUUCUGUCUUGCACAGUAUUGGACAUAUUAUAAACUUCUAUCACAUUUCAAACCAGCCACUGGCCCACCUACGAUGUCUUUCUAGUGAAGUCAGCUUCUCCAGCGAUGCUCAGCCCACCAUCUCCUACUGGCUGUUUCAAACAAUUACUGGUAUUAGUGGAAUCCUUCUCUUUAUAGUGAUGACAACAAUAAUCACAUUUGCGCAUCCAACUAUCAGACAGAAAGCAUACAAAUAUUUCUGGAAAACGCACAGCCUCUACAUUCUGCUGUAUGUGCUGUGUCUGAUCCAUGGCUUGGCAAGACUAACUGGAUCUCCUCGCUUCUGGAUAUUUUUUAUAGGGCCAGCUGUACUUUUUGCCGUUGAUAAGGUAGUUAGUUUGAGAACUAAGUACAUGGCCUUGGAUAUAAUAGAGACAGAGCUGCUGCCAUCUGACGUCAUCAAGAUAAAGUUCUAUCGACCACCAAAUUUGAAGUACCUUUCAGGCCAGUGGGUGAGGCUAGCCUGCAGUGUCUUUCCCUCCCAGGAGUUUCAUUCGUUUACGCUGACUUCUGCGCCACACGAGAACUUUUUAUCGUGCCACAUCAAGGCACAGGGCCCAUGGACCUGGAAGCUGCGCAAUUACUUUGACCCUUGUAACUAUAACCCAGAGAUUGUGCGCCCCAAGAUCCGAAUUGAGGGACCGUUUGGUGGCGGUAAUCAGGACUGGUACAAGUUUGAAGUAGCAGUCAUGGUGGGGGGUGGAAUCGGUGUCACGCCUUAUGCAUCUAUGCUCAAUGAUCUCGUAUUCGGUACUUCAACUAAUCGGUACUCUGGUGUGGCUUGCAAAAAGGUAUAUUUCUUAUGGAUCUGUCCAUCUCAUAAGCAUUUCGAAUGGUUUAUUGAUGUUUUAAGAGAUGUCGAAAGAAAAGAUGUUACAGAUGUUCUUGAAAUUCAUAUAUUCAUUACACAAUUUUUUCACAAGUUUGAUUUGCGGACAACAAUGCUUUAUAUUUGUGAAAAUCAUUUUCAUAGAGUAUCAAAAACUAGUAUAUUUACAGGUUUAAAGGCAAUCAAUCAUUUUGGAAGGCCAGAUAUGACCUCAUUUUUAAAAUUUGUACAGAAAAAGCACAGCUAUGUAAGCAAAAUAGGAGUUUUCAGCUGUGGACCACGUCCACUGACCAAGAGCGUCAUGUCAGCCUGUGACGAGGUGAACAAGGGCCGGCAGCUACCUUACUUCAUUCAUCACUUUGAAAACUUUGGCUAAGCUACGUUCAAGGAUAGUUUAAUUAAUACCGUUCUGUAGUAGAUCUAGAUGCUCUGCUAGUGACUGCAUUCUAGCUCGAAAUACAGAAAAGACAUGUUCUACAAUAAUGUAUGAAUACCUAUUUCCUGUUGUCCUUCUGCUGUUGGAUCUAUUGCAUACUGUCACCUAAAAGUAGCAUAAAAUUUAAGAAAUCUUUGCACUCCAUUAAUCUAAAGUAUUAAAUACUGGAAUAGAUAUACUAAGCUAAAUCAGUCACAUUUUUGUUAACUAAUUAACUAAGAAGUUUUACAUAGUUAAUCAGCAGACUUAUUAUUUUUAUUAGAUGUUUGUCCUAAAGACCACGUAUAGAAUUGUCAAGCAUCAACCUAAUAUCACCAUUAGUAUAAAAAGUAUAAUAGUAUUAUUGAUAAAUUAAAUAAGUUCUUGGAAACUGGCUAUGACAAUAAAAAAAAUUUAAACACUAGUUUUCCAACAAAAAAUUUAGUGAAAAAAUAAGCAUUCUUCAACUUUGGUUUAUAAAAGCAGCAGCGUGGAGAGCCUCUGCAAAAGGCCAAACCCACUUCCUGCAUUCAGUAUCAAAAGAUUUCAAGCGAGUGCGUUUAUAAUGAAAAUGUACAACAAAACUAACUAUAUCUUAAGGACCAAGUAGAAUCAGUUAAUGUCGAUUUUUGAAACAUAAUAAUGCUUUGAAUAACAUUAAGAUUGCAGAUGUAAGCAACAUUCUGUAAACAAACUAACCACUUCCUGAAUCGUCAUUAAUUGCUGGAGAUUACUAACAAUUGUUGCCGAGGUUGUUUUUUUUUUUUUUUUUAGUGUCAAAGCUGUGGUAUGCAUUUUUUCCCUUAAAUGUAGCAUAAACAUUUAUUUACGUCGAAGAAAAAUUAACAGAACUACUUAUAGAAAGAACGGCCUACUCAUUUUAAACAUGUCUUAGCAUUUACAAAAUAAGCUAAGUUGCAAAAGGCUUUGUUAUUUAUUUAGUCUUUUACUAUAUUACUGUAUUCAGAUUACUGUAAGCGUGUACAGUUAUUGAUGUUACAUUUUAAUAAUUGAAACUGGAUCCUAUAACUUCUACAUUUAAAAAUACAAAAGAGCAGCGGUAAGUAAAAUCAAGUAACUAAUAACAAGUAGGAAGAUACUUAUGUUAUUGGCAGGAAAUUGCAAGUAUGCUAAAUCUUAAUAUUAUUAACAGUAACGGUAUAUUGGAAGAUUAAUUAUCAAUUUUUGUUACUAAAUAUCUAAGAUACUGCUUGUUCUUAUGUACAUUUCUUAUUUUCAGUACACUUGCUUGAAAUUUAUAGAGCCUGGUUGCGGAGUAUGGGUGGAUUUUCUGCAGUGGCUAUCUGCCCUCUUAAUCCUACGAACUUAAGUCAAAAAUGGAAUAAACGGCAAUAUAGUAAAAUGUAUAGUAAAUUUUGACAGAGUAAGUUUUGUUUGAAAAACAGGCCUAUCUUAGCUAACAACUGUUUGGGGCCGUUUUUCUAGAGGCAUUUUUUCAUCUGGUUAGCAGUUUGCGACAACUUUUUAUCUCAUCAUGCUAAAAUUUUGUAUUUAUGUAAGAGACAAUAAACUCUUCUUCUGUGUAAACUUGAGUUUAUUUUGGCCCAAGGUAGCUUAUUUUGUUUAUGCCUGAAUUGCUCAUUUUUUUGUAAUAUACAUUAUAACGUGUGAUUUUUUGACGUUUUUGAGCCACGAAAACUCUGUUUCAAAAGUUUUUAUUAUUUUUUAGAGACUUCGCUUGACAUUUGUAGUUAUUAGAAAGAAGCUUAAUAUUGUAUAAUUUUAGUUAACAAGUAUUAAAAUUUUUUUGUCAUCGUCAGAGAUUCUUAGUCAGAAAAACUACUUCUAUUAAUCUAAUUUUACGUAACAAACAUAACCAUUUAAAUCUCAAUUAGUGCAUGCAACAAAAAUAUUAUGCAUCAUUAUUAGAGCAAUGAAAAAAAUGUAAAUUGUUUUUUUGAUAAGGUUCUGUACUAGUUUCCUGUAAAACAAGGUACUACCUUGAUCUGACACUAAGAUAUAAACUAUCUUAAUUUAGUGUUAAAGGCUCUUUUUACCACCAGGACAUUAAUUUAUCUCAGUUUAAUUAAAAAAAUAUGCCAUCAUAGUAAAGCAAAGAAAAUGAUUGCAGAUCUGCUGAAAAAGUCAAUUUUUCACAUUUUUUAAGUAGACAAAAAACACAUCAUUAGGUAUGUAUUAGUUGUUUGCUUGCUACUUCCUCGCGGUAAGAAAUAAAUCAUUUGUUUUCAAAAGAUAACUCUUUUUCUAAUCCAACAUAUAGAUUUUUUCUAUGCCAAAGUAGUACUUAUAAAUUGUAAAUCCCAGACACGAUCAUUCUUAGCGAGAAAAUGUUCUUUCUUGCCUUAUAGUCAGUUGUAUAUAAAUAUAACAAGAAUGCUGUAAGCUACAUUUAUUUGUGGAAUAUUAAAACACUUACAAGAUUUUGAAUAAAUAAUUUUAUGGUUUAAAAAAUAGUUGUAGUACGGGUAAGUUUAAAGAUGUUAAUAACGAAAAUAGUCUCAGCUAACGUUAAUUAAGAGUUAUUUUUAACAGUCACUACGUUAUUCCUUCAUGUAAGCGCAAUGAUGUUUUUUGUUCUUUAGCCGUAUCAUUUGUGUUAGAAUUAUAAUUGGACUAUUUGAAACGGAGUGCUACUAGAUGAUCCGAUGGUCUUCAACUUGUCAACUUUCACGUAUGUAUCAGGAAUGCGUAUGCAUACGCGUAUGGAUAUGAGGAUUGUUAUAGUUAAGUAGUUGUAAUUUUCAUUGUCUACUAAUUUUGUUUGUAUUAAAACAAUACUUUUUUCUCAAUUGUUUUAAAUUAAUUAUACGUUUUCUUAUAAGCUAAGAGUAAAAGGAAAGUCAAAUCUUAAA